AUAUUGUACUAAUUUUCAUUAAAUUGUAGCUAACUUCUUUACAAAUUAAUCGCUAGAUACGAAGAAUUUGUUUGCGCGAGGUUAUAUGUGUACUUGCCGUAUUUUGGGAAACAGAGUUUGAUUGUGCUGUGUCGAAUAAGAAUUCUUGUUACCAAGAUGAUUCAACCGGACUUCUCCCCAGCUAUAGGUUUUCUUGAUCAUUUGAAUUCUGACGAACUGAAGGAAAUACUCAACGAUGAUACAAAAUUUGAUGCAGUAUUAAAAGAUGUAAAACAGGUAAAAGAUUGGGAGACAGAAAAGGAGAUGAUGAUAGCCAGCAACAGAUCCUUGGCGGAGUUCAAUCUGCGUCAAGAACCGGAAUUGGAGGAGUUGAAAAGUCAAGUACAACAAAAAUCGGAACUCGGUGAACAGUUAUGUAAUCAUAUACAUGGACUUUUAGAUGAAUAUAAGAACAAAUCAGCUGGCAUAUCUCCGGACACAACAUUAGCCCUACUACAAACAGCCGCAGCUGAGUCAGAAGAACAAUCAGAGAAUGUCGCACAAGACUUCCUAUCAGGGAAAUUAGAUGUGGACAAGUUUCUAGAAGACUUCGAACCGAUACGGAAGAAGAUGCAUUUACAAAAAUUCAAAUCGGAUAAAAUGAAUGAACUACUACGGUCUGGGAGUCAUAGUUCUUAUGGCAAUGGGCUAGCCAAACCUUUCUUACCGUACCCAAGUUAUACACAGAAUGUGCCAAGUGUCCCGUACCCUAUGGGGCCAUUAAAUAUGCCUAUGCCUGGAAUGUACGGUAACCACUUUUAAUUACGUAAAUAUGUUUGUCAUGUGGAUCGUGAUUCUUUUUUUAAUUUAUUGCAUUUGACAAUGAGUGAAAAUUAAUUUCAAAUGAGUCUUAUGUUUUUUUGUAUUUCCUUCUCUUAAGUCAGUACAAGUUGUGUAAUUGAAAAUUUGUAAUUCUUUUAUCAUUUAUAAUAUAAAUAUGUAUUUAGUUUUUAAUGAAAUAGUAUAAGGUUUUAAUAGCAAUUUUAAGGACGUCAAUUUGUGUUAUUAUCUCUCAAAUUAAGUUAUUAUUUCAAGGUCAAAGUUAUGGCUAUAUCAAAUCAAGCAAUGAGUUGUAAAAUACAUGAAAACGAUUUUUGUAACCAAUUGAUUUUAAAAAGUGGAAAAGAACUUUGUUGCACAUGAAAUUUGUAAUCACAAAAGACUAUAGCAUUUUUUUUUAAUAUUUGAAUUAUCUCUGGCCAUAUCCAAGACUAUAAUUUUUUUUAUUAUCUUAAUUAUCUCUGGCCAUAUAUGUGGGGUCGUCGUUUAUCUAUGUAGAAUUAAUAAUAAAACAUAAUAAGGAGGACUUUCAAGCUGUUGCUUGAUAGUGAUUAUUUUAAAUAUCAGAAUGCAAGGAAAUAUUUGUAAUGAUUGUGAUGGAAAUCUCUAAUUUAGGGCAUGGCAUGAGAAUUGGUUCCGGUGUGUUCCUUGGAGAUCACGGAACCUUCAUCUAUGUUACUAGAAGAUGGCCAUGGAGGGGGUUUUAGUGGGUUCAAUCCUACAUAACUCUGCCUUCCGCUAGAAGGCAAGGUAUCUUGAAAAUUUUCCCCCAACACCAAAAAAAGGCAUACAUGAGAGUUAGGCCCUGUCCCACAAUUGGCUAUUAGAGGCUCAGCUCAGUUAGCUUAUUAAUGACGUCACUGGUAUUUCCAUCACAUAUAUUAUGGGUGUCAGAGGGCUAUUGAGGGGGGACAGUUGCCACCCUUGAUUACUGUUGACACCUGAUUUGCAUAACUAUACAAUCGUUAUUUUUAUUAAAAAAUAAAUAUUAUGUAAGAAAUAUAAAAUAGUGUCUAAAUAUUGUUUUUUUAAAUAUAAAUUCAAUAUUAUAUGCCCCAUUCUGCUUAUAAGGUCUAAACUGAUUAUGUCAAUGGAGAAUGUUAAAUUAUUUUGUUUGAGGUUAAAUCAGAAUGUACUAAGUAAAAGGCAUAAACUCUAACUUUUUUUUACCAAAAAAUAACUGCUAACAGUAACAGUCUAACUAAAUUCAUUUGUUUUUUAGAGUUUUCUUUCAUCUUUCAGAAUGAGUCGGGAUUUCUCUGCUUGUCUUUAUGCCCGGUUUACAUUUGGCCAGUACAGUUGUUAAAUAGCGUUCAAUAACUGGCACAGUGAAUGGCGCCAAUGACAAUGACAACUGUCCAAGUCCAAGUGUGAACCUGGCAUUAUAAAUUAGAUUGAUUAUUUCAUAACAGCCUUGAGUAUGAUUACUUUAGCUCUUGAAUAAUUUUGUUAUUUUCCUUGUUUUCAAGUUCCAUGUAUUUUUAUCAAUAUUUUAAUAACGUCAAUUGUUAUCAUAAAUAUUGUAACUUUAUUUGUAAAAAACAACUGUCCGCUUAAUGUGGUGCUUACGUAGAUGGAAUGAGAUUCUGACUGUAUAAAGUAGACAUGUAAUAUAGAUUAAAAAAAAAUAAUGUUUUCAUUUUUUUUGGCAUCGAGAAUGUUUUAACACCGUCUACAUCAAUAUGGAUGUAUAGAAUUUUACUGUCUUCUUUAGAGUCGAUUUGCUAUAUUAUUUUAUGCUAUACUUUUUGUAUAAAAUAUUAGAGAAUAAGAGCUGCGCACAUCUGAAACUAAGCUAUCUGUUAACUGUUUAGUUUCGUUUUGAUUCCUAUAAGCCUAUGGAGGUGCGCACACUACUAGGCUUUAGUUGUGCAACUAAAAAGCAAUCGAUAAUCGCAAACAGUUGUGCGAUAGUUUAGUCAAAGGUGUGUGCUCUAAAUCACUUCGUAUUCAAAUAUUUUGGCGGUUCGGAACUUUGUAGAACACAGUUUUAGGUGUAAAGGGCGUAUUGGAAUGCGGAGAAGAAUACUGUACUGAAUACACGUGCCGACGGCCUUGUUCACUUCUCUUUCCCUUUCCAUACAUGGAAAAGACGGGAAGGGAGCAGUGACAGACGGGGUAUGAGACUUACAGAUAGUGAAAAUAUCCUCUUUGUCUCUCCUCUGCUGAUUAAAUAAAGGCGACGCCUGCAAAUGCUGAUGUCUAUGGGUAUCGGUCGCUUGCUAUUAUAAGGCAUACAGUAUGUAAACUCUCGUUUAUUAAUAUACAAAAUCUGUAAUAAAAUUUUACUAUUCACACAUUUUAAAAGUUAAAUUUUCACAAAAUCGCUCCCAAGCACUUCAGAUCUUUAGCACAACACACAAUUUUAGGCACAUUCACCCCUAACACUAAAAUUGUCAAAUAAUCACUAAGGGAUACCUUAGAUUAGAUUUUAAUGUGAUAUCUAUACUAACGGAUUAUCAGCUAUAAACAACGAAUUUUAUAUUUGUUAGUAUUACAAAGUAGACGACAAUAAGAAGGGAAUUAGACAUAUGCAUAUACUAUGCGGUUAAAACAUGUUGGUUUUAAAGUCACCUAUUGUCUGAUAUCAGUAAAUGUAUUAUUGAUUUAAAAUAUAAUUAUAAAAUUGUA